AUGAGGCACAGCUGGGCUCUCACCUCCCUCCCCACACUGCGAGCUAUCUCUGUGCUCCUGUUAAUGUUUACAAGACAGAUCCGGUGUCGCUGUGGUCUGUCCAAAGACCAGAUCUCUCCCUGGGAUCUUGCUUCCUGCUGCCCAGGGCAGGGCCAUAGGAUGGUCGCAGGGAGGAAAAACCCAUCUCCCCACUGCCUCCCCAACACCACCACUCCCCUGACCUCUCCCUCUCUGCAGAUGAGUAAUGCCACACGUGCCUUGUACUCUCCUGUGGCACCCAGCACCCCGGGGCCUGGCACAGCGGCCAGGCUGGCCUCAGCUCCACCAUCUCCAGCCCUGAACCUGCUCACAGCCACCCACAACAACUCUGAGGAUGACCGGCAGCUUUUCCUGACCACGACAGCGGCGCAGGUCAUCUCUGGCAUCUUUGUGUGGUCAGCACUCAUCGUCACCUUCCACCAGAUCUACACACACCUGAAGAAUUACACCGUCCCCAAGGAGCAGCGCUACAUCAUCCGCAUCCUCUUCAUCGUGCCCAUCUAUGCCUUCGACUCCUGGCUCAGCCUCCUUCUCCUCGGCAGCCACCAGUACUACGUCUACUUCGACUCGGUGCGCGACUGCUAUGAAGCUUUCGUGAUUUACAGCUUCCUGAGCCUGUGCUUCGAGUACCUCGGAGGGGAGAGCACCAUCAUGACAGAGAUCCGGGGGAAGCCCAUUGCGUCCAGCUGCUUUUACGGGACGUGCUGUCUUCAGGGCAUGUCCUACUCCAUUGGGUUCCUGCGCUUCUGCAAGCAGGCCACGCUGCAGUUCUGCAUCGUGAAACCCCUCAUGGCGAUCGUCACCAUCAUCCUGCAGGCGUUUGGGAAGUACCACGACGGGGACUUCAACGUCCAUAGCGGCUACCUCUACAUCACCAUCAUCUACAACUUCUCCGUCAGCCUGGCACUGUAUGCCCUCUUCCUCUUCUACUUUGCCACUAUGGACCUGCUGCGCCCAUUUGAGCCAGUCCUCAAGUUCAUCACCAUUAAGGCAGUCAUCUUCCUCUCCUUCUGGCAAGGGACGCUGCUUGCAAUCCUGGAGAAAUGUGGGGUGAUCCCUGAAGUUCAAAUCAUCGAUGGGAAGGAGGUGGGAGCUGGGACGGUGGCUGCUGGCUACCAGAACUUCAUCAUCUGCAUUGAGAUGUUCUUUGCUUCCAUUGCCCUGCGCUACGCAUUCACCUGCCAGGUGUACAGAGAAAAGAAAGAAAACUCAACAGCAAACCUUGCCCCAAUGCAGAGCAUCUCAAGCGGGCUGAAGGAGACCAUAAGCCCCCAGGACAUCGUGCAGGAUGCGAUCCACAACUUCUCACCCGCGUACCAGCAGUACACCCAGCAGUCGAUGCAGGAGGCAGAGCGCAAAGUGCCGGGGCAGAACGGGCACGUGGCCUCCAGGGCAGAGGGACCAAGUGGCAGGAAGAGCAAAAACAUCGAGAAGAGAGUGCUGAUCCUGUCAGAUGAGGAGCUGUAG